ACCGCGCUCCCGCGGAUGGUCCCGGGAGAUGCCGCUGCUCUGGGCCCUGCUGGCGCUCUGCUGCCUGCGGUGUAGUUCCACUGUGAACCUCCAGCCUCAACUGGCCAGUGUGACCUUCGCCACCAACAACCCUACCCUCACCACCGUGGCCUUGGAGAAGCCUCUGUGUGUGUUUGACAGCUUGGAGCCCCUCACCGGGGAGUAUGAGGUCUACCUCUACGCCAUGGCCGACUCAGCCAGCUCCGGCAACGCCUCUGUGCAGGACGACACCCACGUGCCUCUGAGCGCCACGUUCCGGCAGACGCGGGGCGGGAGGACAGGCCCCUACAAAGCUGCGGCCUUUGACCUGACCCCGUGCAGUGACCUGCCCAGGCUGGAUGCCAUCGGGGAUGUGACCCAGGCCUCAGGGAUCCUCAGUGCCUAUCUGGUCAGGGUGGGCGACAAUGGGACCUGUCUGUGGGACCCCAACUUCCGGGGUCUCUGCAACCCACCUCUGUCAGCAGCCACGGCAUACAGGGACAUGGGCAGUUCUGCUGGGGAGACCACGCACGACUCUCAGAUCACUCAGGAGGCCGUCCCCAAGUCCCUGGGGACCUCGGAGCCUUCCUACACAUCUGUGAACCGGGGACCACCUCUGGACAGGGCCGAGGUGUACUCCAGCAAGCUCCCAGACUGAAGCCCGCCUGGCCUCGCCCCUCCCGGCUGGCCUGGCCCCGGCAACCUGCCCGGAAGGCGCCGAGCAGGCCGGGUUGGUCCUACUGCAGGAAAACACUUCAUAAAACCUUCCAAGAAAACCA